AUGAUGGGUUCGCGUGGCCUCGUGCUCACUGCACUGGCUGCUCUCAUGCUCGCAGCCUGUGCGCCCAUGGCGGAGGCCAUCCGCGGGCAGCCAUCGAAUGGGCCGUGCAAGUGGGGCCAGGGCAGGGACGCGAAAGGCAACUGCGCUGACACGUGUGUGCUGCGCAAUUGCUGCAGCAACUCGAGAUGCGUCAAGGACAAAGCGGGCUCGGCCGACUGCGUGUGCCUCAAGAGCGGCUGUGCCCGUACUGCCGCCUCCAGCCAAGUGCCGCACGCCAGCGAAGUGGCGCAAGCCCACUCAUGCGCGCACAAGGUGUGCGAUGCCAACGCCACAUGCGUGAAGAAGGGCAGCCUCGCCACGUGUGUGUGCAACUCGGGAUUCGCCAUGACGCCCACCGGCUGUGUUGACACGUGUGUGCUCAAGGACUGUGUCAACGCCACGUGCAGCAAGGGCCCUGCUGGCGGCGCGAUCUGUGCUUGCCACCCUGGCUUCGCCUUGCAGCCUGACGGCCACACGUGCAAAGACACCUGCAAGAUUCAGAACUGUGGUGUGAACGGCCGGUGCAUCAAGGACGCUACUGGAGCGGCGUCCUGUGUGUGUGACACUGGCUUUGUGCUGCAGGCGGAUGGCAGGACUUGCACUGACACCUGCACGAUUCAAAACUGUGGUGUGAACGGCCAGUGCAAGAAGGACGCUAAGGGAGCGGCGUCCUGUGAAUGUAACACUGGUUUUGCGCUGCAGGCGGAUGGCAGGACUUGCACUGAUGUGUACGUCAUCAAGAACUGUGAAGGCUGUGACCACUAUUCCACGUGUGUCAAGGCAGGAAACCUUGCGACCUGUGUGUGCAAGUCUGGAUAUGCCAUGGCAAAUGGCCUAUGCACUGACACCUGCGAGAUUAGGAGCUGUCGUGUGAACGGCACAUGUGUCAAGGAUGCUACUGGAGCGGCGUCCUGUGUGUGUGACACUGGCUUUGCGCUGCAGGUGGAUGGCAAGACGUGCACGGACACCUGCACGAUUCAGAACUGUGGUUUGAAUGGCACAUGUGUCAAGGACGCUAGUGGAGUGGCGUCCUGUGUGUGUGACUCUGGCUUUGCUCUGCAGGCGGAUGGCAAGACUUGCACUGACACCUGCGAGAUUCAGAGCUGUGGUGUGGACGGCCGGUGCGUCAAGAGCGCUACUGGCGUGGCAUCCUGUGUGUGUGACACUGGCUUUGCACUGCAGGCGGAUGGCAGGACGUGUAUUGCUACGGAUAUGUGCAUCAAGAAGAACUGUGAAGGCUCUGACGCCAAUUCCAAGUGUGUCAAGGCUGGGAACGUUGCGACCUGCGAGUGCAAGGCUGGAUACUCCAUGGCACAGGGCCAAUGUACUGGUGUCUGUGAGAUCCAGAACUGUGGCGCCAACAGCCAGUGUGCUCCUGCUGAUAACGCGGCUACCUGCGUGUGUGACCCGGGAUUCGAGUUGCAGUCAGAUGGCAGGACAUGCGUCAGCAGCCAACCUGCUUGUGACCCGGGUUUCAAGUGGGAUGGCAGCUCAUGUGUCAACCCAUGUGAAUGGGGUUUCAAGUGGGAUGGCUACUCGUGCAUCAGCGCGUGUGACGGGUUACAUGUGGGAUGGCAGCUCGUGCAUCAACCCCUGCAAAUACGGUUACUCGUGGGAUGGCAGCUCCUGCAUGCUCACCAUCCGGUGUGA